GCGCGGCCGAGCCGCCGGGGCGGGGCUGCUGCCCCAUCCGGGUAUCCGGCGUCCCGUAGCUGUUUUGUUUUCUUGGCUGGGUGCUGGGAAAGUGAGGCGGCUCGGCGCGGCGCCACUCCGGCUCCAAACCGAACCGACUGCACUGGCCGGGUAGGACUGACCUGAAAAAAUGUCUGGAUUUCUAGAAGGCUUGAGAUGCUCAGAAUGCAUUGAUUGGGGGGAAAAGCGCAAUACUAUUGCUUCCAUUGCUGCUGGUGUUCUGUUUUUUACAGGCUGGUGGAUUAUCAUAGAUGCAGCUGUUAUUUAUCCCACUAUGGAAGAGUUCAACCACUCAUACCACGCCUGUGGUGUCAUAGCAACCAUAGCCUUCCUAAUGAUUAAUGCAGUAUCCAAUGGACAAGUCCGAGGUGAUAGUUACAGUGAAGGGUGCCUGGGUCAAACAGGUGCUCGCAUUUGGCUGUUAAUUGGUUUCAUGUUGGCCUUUGGAUCUCUGAUUGCAUCGAUGUGGAUUCUCUUUGGAGGUUAUGUUGCUAAAGAAAAAGUCAUAGUAUACCCUGGAAUCGCCGUGUUUUUCCAAAAUGCCUUCAUCUUUUUUGGAGGACUGGUUUUUAAGUUUGGCCGCACUGAAGACUUAUGGCAGUGAAAACACGGGAUUUCCUGCUGCAGAGCAGCCCUGCAUGGGGUUUUUUUUAACUACUCACUCCCAGUCUUUUAUAAUGCCAUUUUGUAAACUUGUUUUUGAGUGUAGUCUCAGCUUAAACUUGUGUUAAUACUGAAAUCAUGAGAACUCCCUAUUUAAACAACAGCCAAAAAUAAUCUGCUGUGGUAUGCAUUUGAUUAGCUUAUAAAAUGUUAACGGGAAGUAUUUCACAUGAGUAAUUUUUAUUAUGUUUUAUCAUGGUGUAAUUUGUAACAAUAAAAAUGAAUUACAGGAGAAAGUA